AACUCCACCGGUGGGGGGGACACAGAUACCAGAUGAGAUUUGUUUCCAAACGCGCACCGAUGGCGGUGUGAGGCGUUUGGCUGAGAAGUACGCACGGCGUUGUGGAUUUGUGAAAACCCUUUUUUUUAUGGUGCAUCUCCUUCCUGUGUGGAUCCUGGUGACGGGGAAAUAAAACAAAAGCUAUGGAUUACUCAGUCUGCCUACUUUUACUCCUGUCAACCGUGUCGUCUGUGUCGACCGGACAAUUCCCAACAGCGCAGAUGAUAAAGGAAUGGGUGGACCAGAUGCAAAAAGAGUUGAUCACAUUAACAGACACAGCCAGUGGAAUUGACAACCUAAUAACGAUAUAUCGUCAACACAGACCUCACUUCAGCGUGGAAACCAACAAUGCACGGGAACUGGUGGCGACGGCUGCUGGGAAUAUAGAGAAACUGCUGGCUAACCGCUCCCAAGCCCUGAAGAGGCUGGCAACAGAGGCAGAAAAGUUUCAGAUGGACCACGAGUGGAGGGACGACAGCGAGCCUGACAAAAUUGUUUACUACAAUGCCAAAGAUGACCUUAAUAUGACAGAUGAAGCAAAGAGUCGGAAGAACAGAUAUCUUCCAGAUGAUUUCGAGAUAGACCCCGACUUCAAGCGCCUCGUCUCGUACAACACCACCGCCGUCCACAUCCCUACAGAUAUAUACGAAGGCUCCACCAUCAUUCUAAAUGAGCUAAAUUGGACUGAGGCCUUGGAGGAUGUUUUCCGGAAAAACAAAGAGGAAGAUCCGUCACUCCUCUGGCAGGUGUUUGGCUCAGCCACCGGAUUGGCUCGGUACUACCCAGCAUCCCCUUGGAUCGACUCAAGCAAUUCAGCCAGUAAGAUCGACCUCUACGAUGUGCGGAGGCGACCGUGGUACAUUCAGGGGGCAGCGUCACCCAAGGACAUGCUGAUCCUGGUGGAUGCGAGUGGCAGCGUUUCGGGUUACACCCUCAAACUCAUCCGCACGUCUGUCAGCAAGAUGCUGGAGACCCUCUCUGAUGACGACUACGUGAACGUGGUCUAUUUCAAUAACAAGGCCUCGUACGCGGCGUGCUUCGAGAACCUGGUGCAGGCCAACGUCCGCAACAAGAGGAUGCUGAAAGACGCCGUGCAGAGCAUCACAGCCAAGGGUAUCACCAACUACAGAGGCGGCUUCGAGCUGGCCUUCGAGCAACUUGCGCAGGUGAAUGUGUCAAGGGCCAACUGUAACAAGAUUAUCAUGCUCUUCACCGACGGAGGGGAAGAGAGGGCGGAGGAGAUCUUUGAAAAAUACAACCCAAAGCAAGCGGUGCGCAUCUUUACAUUUUCAGUAGGUCAACACAACUAUGACAAAGGACCAAUACAGUGGAUGGCCUGUGCUAAUAAAGGGUAUUACUAUGAGAUCCCAUCUAUAGGUGCCAUCAGAAUCAACACUCAGGAGUACCUGGAUGUUCUGGGCAGGCCUAUGGUGAAGGCUGACAGAAGGGCCAAGCAGGUUCAGUGGACCAACGUCUACGUGGACGCACUGAAGCUUGGCCUGGUGAUCACUGGCACCCUGCCUGUCUUCAACAAGACAAACACAGGCUCAAAGAAAUCUCAAAACCCGCUCAUCUUGGGGGUUAUGGCGAUUGAUGUCUCCCUGGAUGAUAUCAAGAGACUGACGCCUCGCUUUACUUUUGGACCAAAUGGCUACUACUUUGCCAUUGACCCCAACGGAUAUGUGCUGCUCCACCCUAAUCUCCAGCCAAUGACUGUCAAGUUCCAUGAACCUGUAACGCUGGACUUCCUGGAUGCAGAGCUGGAGAACGAGAUCAAAGUGGAGAUGAGGAGAAAAAUGAUUGAUGGUGAAACAGGAAAUUACACAAUAUCUACACUGGUGAAAUCCCAAGAUGAGCGCUACAUUGACUUGGGUCAGAGGAUGUACACCUUUGCACCAGUGAAGGGGACAGAUUACAGUCUAGCCCUGGUGCUCCCUGACUACAGUAUGCAUUACAUCAAGGCCAAAAUCGCCGACACGAUCACCCAGGCAAAAUUUUCUGAAAGCCUGAUGGCGGACAAGUUUGAUGAAUAUGGCUAUACGUUUAUCGCACCAAGGAUGUACUGCAAGGACUUGAAACCACCUGACAAGGACAAGGACAAGGACAAGAACAAGAACAACACAGAGUUCCUCAUUGAGUUCAACAAUUACAUCGACACAAAGACUCCAAACAACCCCAUGUGUAAUGUGGAGCUGGUGAACAGACUGCUCUUGGAUGCUGGCAUCACCUCAUCUCUGAUCAGGCAUUGGAAGGAAACGGAAGUGCAGCAUGGUGUUGUGGCCAGAUUUGUUGCCACAGAUGGAGGGAUCACACGGGUCUACCCAAAAAGUGCUGGGCUGUCCUGGGAAGAAGAAGCAGAAACCUAUGAGUCGAGUUUCUAUAAGAGAAGUUUGGACAAUGAUCUGUACAUCUUCACUCCGACACCGUACAGCAAUAAAGAGAAUGAAAGUGACGACUCAGUCCUGGUGAGCAGAGCGGUAAACCUCGACAUUGAUGGUAUCAUACUCAAACCAGCUGUGGUCGGCGUGAAGCUGGACAUUAGCGCCUGGAUGGCGAGCUUCAUCAACACCACACAGAAGAUCAAUUGCAAUGAUGAGAUCUGUGGCUGUCAGCGAAACGAUGUGUAUGUAGACUGCGUCAUCCUGGAUGAUGGGGGCUUCCUGGUGAUGUCCAAUCGGGAUGAACAUCUUGAUCAGAUUGGGCGUUUCUUUGGCGGUAUCGACCCGAUCCUCAUGAUAAACCUGGUCAACUCAUCAUUGUUCACCUUUAAGAAGACCUUCGACUACCAGUCACUCUGUUACCCCGAGAAAGAGAGCAAGGCGGCUGCAGGCCUGCGAUCCGUCUACGUGCCCACAAUCGCAGAUAUUUUGAAUUUAGGAUGGUGGGUGACAGCUGCAGCCUGGUCAAUACUGCAACAGUUACUGGUCAGCAUCACAUUCCCCAAUUUCCUGGACGCAGCCGAGAUGGAUGAUGAAAUGUCAGAUGCCAUGCUCAAAGAGGUCUGCAUCACAGAGCAAACUCAAUACUACUUUGAGACCAACAACCUGUCGUUCAAAGGCACAAUCGACUGUGAAAACUGCACCAGGCUCUACCAUGCUGAAAAGCUGCCCAAGACAAACCUGGUCUUUAUCAUCUCUGAUGCAAAACUCACCUGCUCAUCCUGUGACACCAAGCCGUUAAUACAGGACGAACAGCAGUCUACUGGUCCUGAUCCAUGUGAACUAGCUCAAAACCCUCGGUACAGGAAAGGGCCCGCAGUCUGUUUUGAUAACAAUGAACACGAGGAGGACCCUGACUGUGGCGGGGCGUCCAGCCUGAGCCCCUCGCUGUGGCUGAUGGUGGCCCUUCAGCUGGCUCUGCUCUGGGUUUUGACUGGCUCCAGACCCCACGCCAUCCCGUCAUGACCUCUGAACACCCUGAUCACCCCCUCUGUCUCUCCUUAUCUCUCUCUCUGUUAUCUCCAAAACGGCAACCAGCAUGCAACGCUGCCACCGAAAUGACGAACGCCCGAUGAGAAGAGCUUGUGACAAACAAACAAAAACCUGUGAGCCCCCUACAUCCUGCCAGUUUCUCCUUUUGAUACCUUCAUUUUCGGGGGUUUCUCAAAGCGAUUUCACCCGCUGCAAGGGUACAAGUGACAACAGAAAUGUUUUAUUGGAAGAUAUGGGUUGAAAGAUAAGAAAGAACUCAACCUACGCCUAUCCUUCAUCUCUUCAACGCUCCCCGCCAGCUGAGAUUAGAGGAAUCCAGAGAUUAAUUUUGAUUGGCGACUUCUGAACUUUCUCUGGCUUGAUGUCAUUGAUGAAAGAGAUCGGACUGCCUUAUAGUAUUAGAGGGAUUUAAAUCACCACGGAGUGGGGGGGGGGGGACUUGCUGUUUAUUAAUAUUGAGCAGUUUUAUUCACCACUGCCAGAAACAGCGCUGCCUUUUGCAAGCGUGCAGUUUAUUUUGAAUCAAUUUGCAGUGGUUAGUUUUUAGGUAUUUAUUGCUUUGUGGUUGAGAAUUGGGCUAGGAUUGCAGUACGAGAUGCCAAAUUGUUACAUCACAACCUCAUGCCCUUCGUUUGUCCUCCGUUGGGUUGCUGAAAAUAAUGUUGUCUCAGUCUGAUUUUCUAGAUAGCACUACGCAGAACAUUUUCACAGUGUCUCUGGGGGUUCGAAAGAUGUCUCUUACUUUCACCCCAGUGUUCUCUCAUGUACAGUAGAUACUGUAUUUGCAGUGUGGAAAUCAUUGUUCAUUGUUAUGUUUAUGCUCGGAAACCAACCCUUCAACUGCCACAGAGGGCCUGCUGCUGAGUGUCGCUGAUCAUUUAAUCAUCAGCCGCGAUCGAGAGUAGUAAAUUAUCUAGAUUUUCCGACUUGAUUGCUCCAGUGAAAACUUUGUUGCCAUAGUGCGUAUUAACCAAUCAGGGUGAGCCUGGCUGGUCUCCUAUGCAUGCUCGGUGGACAGAAUCUCUUUAGUGCCAUGUGGACUGUGUGACUCAGAUGAAUGCUUCAGCUUUGCAGACUGUGGCUACUGAAUGGAAAGAGUAUUUAUUUGUUUUACUAUUUAUUUGACUGAGGCGACAGGACGGCAUGCUACUGUUUCUUUUAUCGCCACCAGGAGGGAAAACGAAUGAGGGGGAUGUGAGAGUUUUUAUUUGACGGUACAUUUUAUUUGCUGCUGUCACUUUUUAAAAUUAUAUGACUACUAUCUGCACUGCGAUUCAAAGUGCAGCUAUUAUUUGUCUUCACAGUUUGAACCUCUAUCUCAAUGUGGUCGUGAGGUUCCCUCUUGCAGUUUAUUACACUGUGAUAUGUUAUCACCCCGCAGAAAUCACUUGGCUUGUGAUCCUCUCUACUGCUGUAUUUCAUUUCCUCCAAUAUAAGUUCAUCUUGUUUCAUUUUGUGUGCCUUCUUUUCCAUUAGUUACAAAUAUAAAACACGCUGAACGUAUCCGUGAUAAUAAACAGAUGGCACUGUAGGUGGUUUUACUGAUAAAGUGUCAUCUUGUUCGAGCGCAGCGCAGUAAAAUUGUCAGAUUUAAUAAGAAAUGCACUCAUCAGAGAUCUGCCAAAAUAAUAAAUAACAAAUCUCACAGGACCAAAUCCAAACUUGCAAUGCGGUACUAAUUAUAGAUCAGAAAAAAAUAAUUAAUUUCAGGAUGAAAAUCCAUGUUAAAGUGCUUUGUUUUUUGGGGUGUUAAUUUAUGUUUUCAUACAAUAUUAAAGAUUAAAAGACAUAAAUUCAGCCAGGCAGGAAAUAGUAUAUCAGGAAGUGUGCGAUUGUUGUAAACUUGAUUCUUUGUUCGUUGCUGCUGUCAAUGACUACGUUUACAUGCACAAAAUAUUCCACUUUUUGCCCUUUUCCCAAAAAAGACAUGGGCCUCGUUGCAAAAUUAACAUUGGAUUCAUGACACAUUUACACCAGACCAUUUUGUUCUUUCCACUAUGUGUAUGUUAGUGACUCAGAGUUAUCCUCAGUUGACAGGCACGUAUAUGAGCACACUGCCACGCCCUCUCUAUCUCAGGACAUAUGUUUGCCCAGAGGUGUAUCUUACAGAGGGCGUUGAAGGUGUUUCUGUGCACAUAUGAAAGCCCUUAAACACCAGUUUGGGGCCGCCGAUGAGAAAGCUGAAAAAGUUGAUUAACCGUUUGUCACUCUCUUCAAACAUGUUUUAUCAUGUCUCUGAUGCGCUCUCUCCUGAAGGUAUAGACUACAAUAUCUUCCAGCAAGGUUAGAUAUGCUGUCUUAACACCUGCUUGGAGGUAGAUCAGAAUCUUUCAUAUACCCUAGGUGCCUCUUAAUAAUAAUAAUUAUCAUAAUUUUGUGGCACAAAAAAUUGGUGGGAGUAGCCAUCAUCAAAGGCAGAGUCAAUGAAGCUACGUCUGGGACACUCAGUAUUUAUAGUCAAAUAUUUUAGUUAUGAGGAUGUAAAGACGUCAAAUAAGUGCUUGCAAUAGUAAAUUAAUGGUUUUAAAUAUUGGCAGCACGGUGGUGCAGCACACAGGUUCGAAAACAGGGUGGGGAGCCCUUCUGUGUGGAGUUUGCAUGUUCUCCCCGUGUCAGCGUGGGUUUUCUCCAGGUACUCCGGCUUCCUCCCACAGUCCAAAGACAUGCAGGUUAAUUGGUGACUCUAAAUUGUGCGUAGGUGUGAAUGUGAGUGUGAAUGGUUGUCUGUCUCUAUGUGUCAGCCCUGUGAUAGUCUGGUGACCUGUCCAGGGUGUACCCCGCCUCUCGCCCAAUGUCAGCUGGGAUAGGCUCCAGCCCUCUUGUGACUCCCAACAGGAAAAGUGGCUACGGAAAAUGAAUGAAUGAAUUCAAUGAAUGGUUUCAAAUAUUGUUUGUUAAAGCUUUUACAUUACAACAGGGACUUUAUUGGUUGUGCGUACGCAGGGCCUGUGGCACAUCAAAAUUUGUUUGCAGAGUUUGAACAAAUUCAGGUAAGAAAAUAUUGAUGAAUCCCAGAUUUGUGUGUAAAACAUUCUUAAGCACAGUUUAAAGGGGAUAGAUAUAGGAUUCAUACUUCCCGGCCAGUAGGUGUCGCACUCACACUCACCCUCUUCAAUUCUACAGGUUGCCACGUAUUUUCUCUACUGUAAGUAUUUUUUUCAGGAAAAUAUAGACUUUAUUUCUACACCUUUCUGGACGUGUUGUGGAUGUAUUAUUUUUGAAAAAAUAUUCGCUUUUGAUGAAACAGCUAUACAUAUGACCUUUAAGUGUGGAUUUGUACAUACGCAAUGUUUGUGAAUGAGGCCUGAUAUUCCUACUAAGCUGUUUACAAGGCUAAUGAAAAUGAAUAUCCCUCUCAUAUCCACAUUUACAUGCAGCUGUGCAUAUUUUCUCAGAGUUUUCCACCAGUGGCAGAUUUCUUUGACCACGUAAACAUAGCUGGGGUUGCGACGUUUCCACAAAAACCUGCAUAAAACCUGAUAACCAAGUCUUUCAUGAUGAUUUAAAGUAGGUGCAUUUCUCCUUUUGACCAGAAAUGUGAGCUUGUCUUCUUGGCAUGCAUCACUACCCCAAAGCCUUCUAAACUAUUGGCAAUUUGGUUUGUGCACAAUGAAUCCAUAACAACACACUGAGCUGAACAUAAACGGGCAAUAGGCAGUGUGCAGCAAACUGUCGUAAAAACCCCAAUAUUCCGAUCAUUCGGAAUCCUACAUUCAGAAUAUCCAAACGGAAAAUGCUGUUUAUAUGACCCGUAUGAACUUCAGAAUUUUGUCGUAUUCCAGAUAACAGUGGAAUAAUGUGCAUGUAAACGUAGUCAAUGAGCAGCCCUACAAUUUUAUCAUGGUUUAGGUGUCUGUUGGUUCCAGGUAUGAAAUGACAAUCCCAGGUUAUAUUAGUAACUAUUACAUUACAACAGUUAAGUGAUAUCAGAUACUUUAAGGACACACUCCAUUGUUUUACUGCCUAAUAGCACCCCUAAAUAAAUAGAAGAACUAAUUGGGGGGCGGCAUUAAUUACACCACGAAAACAAAACCAGAGAGUGAAUCUUUUGUAAGUGUAUAAACUAUAAACAAUGGCGCAUGUUUGCAGGAAACUACUUAAUGUUGUGGGGAACUGAAAACCACAAGUUAAGCUGUGUGCACCACAUUACCACUAACAUUUGUCUCUUCACAGUUGUUUUAAUUGCCGUUGCAUCAUACUGGAUAAUGUCAGUUUUAACGUUGUAUGCAUUCCUCCGAGCCCGAUCAAGGAGUGCUAAGUUUAUCCGUCUCAUUGGUUUGAUAAUACCCCCAUUAUUAAACCACCGCCAUCAGCGUCAGGAACUUAUCCAAGUGGUCUGUGGUGCACUUUUGUCUCUCAAUGUUUUCCUCUAUCUUAAACUAUAACCUUCCAACAAAAACAAUGUGGUGAAACUAACAAUGGUAUUUAUGCUCCUUAUUUACUAACACUCAAGAAUAUCAAGUGCCAUAUGGGACUCUCUUAUUCUCUUGUGGAGAAACCUAUUAUCUUAAUACAAUAUUUAUGCAAUUUACCAAGGCAACAUGUAAGUCUCAUAAAUUGUUUCCCUGUGCUGCAUGAUAGUGGCUUACAAAUUGAGUUUCAAAAGAAAAAAAACAUAUCCGGUGUGCUCCUGCUUUAGUGUGUAGUGUUCGGAAGCAAAAUAUUCUGAGUGUCAGGCAUUUGUUCAUGAUAUGAUAAGGUAUGAUCAGCUAUUACUGCCUUUCUCUUGGGGGGACAGCAUUUGGCUCCGCCCUGGUCUGAGUCAGCUGGGAAGGAGAAUCUGAUUGGCCAGCGGGAUGUUUGAAUGCACUACUCAAUCUGUCUGAUUGGUUCAAGCCAUGUAUGAAUCACUAUUAUUUAAGGACCCUACCAGUGAUUUAGCAAGUUUAGACCAGUGACUACGAAUCAGAAAUACCUAUUACUGCGGAGUAUUUCGCAAACUAGUUGUAAUGUUUCAGAUUUUCAGCCAGGUUAGCGACUUUGGCAGGUCCCCAGGAAUAGGGCUGGACUUCUACCAAUUUGCCAAAGUGUACAAACUAUGCAGAGGUGGGUGGAGUAGCCGAACAUUGUACUCAAGUAAAAGUAAAAAGUAGUCAUCCAAAUAAUUACUUGUGUAAGAGUAAAAGAGUAUUUGGUGAAAAAACUACUCAAGUACUGAGUAACUGUUGAGUAACGUCUGAUUUAUUUGUAAAAUAAGAACAUGAACGUAAUCAAUCAAUCAAAAAUAAUUCAUGUAUUUUAAACGAUACCCCUUUAACUAAAACAAAAAUAAAUCUUUACAAACACAACAUAAAUCAAGGCACAAGAAACAAAUAUAUUCUUAUAUAUACUGUACAUAUAUAUAUAUAUAUAAAUAUAUAAAUAUAUGUAAUUAUGUACUCAGAGGUGGGUAGAGUAGCCAAAUAUUGUACUCAAGUAAGAGUAUUGUUGCUUUAAAACAAUAUAACUCAAGUAAAAGUAAAAAGUAUUUUGCGUUAAAACUACUCUGAAAAGUACAAUUUAUACAAAAAGUAAAUGUAACUGAGUAAAUGUAACUAGUUACUACCCACCUCUGAAACUAUGUAACUACAACUUCCAGGUCCAUCAUGCGAUGGCAUUAGCCCAAAAAACACUUUUCCCAUAGACUUACAUUGGGAAAGAGACAUCUGUAGAUCAGUGGUUUCCAACUGGUGGGUCACGGACCAAAAGUGGGUUGUGGGUCCAUUCUGAAUGGGCCGUAGGUAAAUCACGAGAGUGUCAAGUCUGCUUUUAUUUUGAAACGCCGUUUUCUGCUGUAGAGUGAGUGACUAACGGACGGCUACUUGACAGAGACAGCAAAAUAGCUUGAUGACAUGGCCAAGCGCAAGUAUAUGAAAUUGUGCUGACCUUGAAUGAAUGACAAAGGAGAACUCUGGACCCCAUGGCUGGACCAGUUGGGAAACACAGAUCUAGAUCAGUGGAUACAUUUUUUGAGCAUCACAACAUCCAUUUGAUCAGAUAACAUUUCGAAGGUCUAUAAAAGUCGCACAAUUAAAUCGUUUUAUCGCCAUUCAAGUUAGCAGAAGGCUAAAAGGAGGAUAGCCGCUCAGCUGGCUAAAGUCUCUAGGACGCUUGCUCUAUGGGUCCUAUGAUGCGGAAGAUCUGGGUAAUUUUAUACUCGAGACGUCUAACAUUUUUAGCUUCAUGCGCCACUGAGCAACUUUCACAGGAAUGACCAGGCUCGUCUCAGUCGCUGUAACCAGUUUUCUUUAAACGUCCAUGGGCUCUAGUCGGUCCAUUGAUUUGGUCCAGGCUGAACUCAUCAGCUAUCAUAAGGACUGCCAUGAAAUCUUGUACAGACAUUCAUGUUUGUCAGAUUGGCCCCCUGAAUCUAACGCAAUCAGGUUAACUUUUGUGUCUUAACAGCUAUUGGAUUCAAUGCCAUAAAAUUUGUAUGAAUUGUGAUCACUCCUAUGGUCCCUAUACUUUUCAUCUAGCGCCAUCAUCAGGGCGAAACGCAGAAAGACAAACCUGUCCUGAAAAUUUUAGUGAGGAAUGAAAGUUUCGGACUUGAUGUGCAAACUCGGUGAGCAGACUCGGGGAAGUACGUAGGCAUGUUUGAAGAGUCUGCUGAUUGAUUUUUAAGCUGUACAGAAAUGAAUGGAAAACAAUGGCAGCUUGAAAAGAAAAUUAUAUAUGAUAGAUAUGGGGAAAAGUGGAAAUGGUCAGCAGUAAUAGGCUUUGAAAUAUUCAUGAGUCACUGUAUUGCAAGAACACUGGUAUGGUCCUUUAAAUCACUUGAGGCAGACAUGUACACUGUACGGACAUGAAGUGAGUGAUGAUACACACCACCUACUCCAACUGGAUGCUUUUAGAAAUGCACAGUUAACAUGCAUUGUUGUCCAGAUGUUCCAUUCUACUCUUAAGUGCUAAAAAUCAGAUGCUGUCACUUCAGGAAUAAUAUACUCUCGAUGUGAUAUGAAGUGUUUUUGACUCUGUUGGUGCUCUCUGUAUGGAUCGUGUGGGUUGGCCCUUUUUAUUUCUGGAAUCUUGAGGAUUGCUUAAUGUGUGUUUUCUUUUUCUUUGUGUCUGUUACCUUGCUGCCACUCCUUGGCAGACAAAUGGUGGGCCUGUCAGUCAAUCUUUCUCUGCCUUCAGUUUUAAGGCAGGCUCUUGAUGGAGGCGUCCACCACGUCGUCCCUCGCCAGACUUGGCUUUGGGAAGGCCUCAGUGGGCCCCUCUGUCAGGCUCCCUCGAUUGUGCUUUAACAUGUUAACACUUUAGAGCAAGUUGAUUCUCCAGAAUCAGUCGUGUAAAAAUUUGUACAAAACUGAUGUUGUUCUCAACAAAAAGAAAAAAGAGCAAUGUUUAUAAUCCUGGGGAGGAAAAAACGUGUUUAUUCAUGUGCAAAUAAGGUAUAUUCAGAAUAAAAGUUUAUGAUUACUA